UCUUCAGUCAUUGGUGCUGAAAUGCUCGCAUCUUCCACUAUGAAUAGGCUUGAAAUUGAAUUAGUCUAUGCAAUAACAAUUAGAGAAAAAUGGUUCUUGAUUUCACCAUACCAGAAUGGGACCUUUCCACCACUAAAGAUAAGGUAAGCUGUGGCCUCAAGGCUCAACUGAGUUUCAAAUUACAAGACCCUUAUCUCAAGUUGCCUAAUAAUUGCGUCUCCUGGUUUUCUUGCAGAGCAACUGGUGAAGAUCUUCGUAAACUUGUUGAUCCUAAGCUUGGUGAUAAUUACACCAUGGAUGAAGUCUUCAAGGUUAGAUGGCCCGCCCAUCUUGCCAGAGCUUGUACACAAGAAAAUCCUCAACAUAGACCAAGCAUGAGAUCAAUUGUUGUUGCACUUGCAACACUAUCAUCUUCAAACGAGGAUUGGGAUAUCGAAUCUAUUUACGAAAAUAAAGCCUUAGUUAAUCAAAUGUCUGAAAGGUAGCUUCUGCUUAGACCCUUUUUUUUUUCUUUUUUUCUUUUUUUUUUUUGUAAUUUCCAGAGAAAUUACGAUAUUUUUUGUAGCAGAUUGAAGCAUUCAUUGUAUCCCGUAAACUCUAUUAACGGAUAAUAUAUUCUAUCCUCUAUU